GACGCCCUGGGGCCUCAGGGUUGGUUGGGCUUCUCGUGGGCGGUUCUGUCCUGUGGACUGGGCCUCCACUGUGUGGCUCGGCCAGUCAGGGGUCGCUCUGCUCUUCGGCCGUGCACCCCCGUGGCGCAGCCGCUGGCUCCUCGAGGCGUGUUCCGCCGCUGGGCGCGCAGCCUCACGAGGAAAUGCUUUGGCGUCAAAAGCCUUGGCGGCCGGCUUUGCAGUGGAACCCAUUUUUGAUAUGGGCCACGUGACAAUUACCUGCCGAUGGCUGUCGGGUUGCAGGGCUAGGCGAGAGGAAUUUUGAUGGCCGAUGUGACGAUUGGCGUGGUCAAUUGGGAAAGGCGGCGCCUCCGCGCCCCCAUCGCGGCCACCUCGGGCCGAACGCCGCGCGCACACGCCACGGAAUUCGACAGAGCCCGCGAGGGCGUGCGCGCCCGCGCCCAGGGCGGCCCCGCGGCCGCGGCCGAGCCGCGCCCGCGGGCCUGCCGCAGCCGGGUGCCUCGCGCCGCGCCCGCGACGCGUGUCAAGCCCAGCCACCGCGCCAGCGCAGCAGCGCCGCAGCGCAGCAGCGUCAGGCAGCGCAGCAGCGUCAGGGACGCCCUCACCCAGCAGCGCGACGAGCUGGCCAGGGAGGUCCGAGACACGGCGCGGCGGGCCAGCGACGCCGAGGCCAAUGCCGAGGCCAUGUCCGAGGCCAACGCCGAGGCCGAGAAAGAGUUGAGAGCGCUGCGAGAUCAUUUGGGCUGCUCCAGACUCGUCUACGCGCUGCACAGGGGCGUCGUCGCGCCCGCUUUCCAGAUCCUGACUUGCAGCUUGAGGCCUGAUGCGCCCGCCGAGGAGGCUGGCAGCAGCCCCCGCGAGAAGCUGGACAGGGACGCCGACAUCGAUGCCUCCACGAUGGACGGAACCGUCAUCGAGGACGGCGACGAGGACGAGGAAGAGGACGAUGAUGACGAGGACGAGGAGAACACGUACGGCCUCGACCAGAGCGGUCAGGAGAACUGGGCCGAGAUGAUCGAGGCCAACACGCUCGACGCGCUGUUCGCGGGAGCCUUCGCGUCGACGGAGAAUUUGAGCCAAGCCAGCGAGGACCUGCAGGAGCACGUCCACAACAUUGUAUUCUCGUUGGACAUGUUUCCGCAGAUCUACGCCGAUACCCUGUCCGUGCUAGACCGGACUGGGAAAGGCAAGGAGCUGCGGAAUUACAUCACCAACAUGCAGAGGGCCAUGGCGAGGCUGCAGCGCAUCUGCGAGGCCGUCUCCGAGCUGUGCGCGCGCGAGGAGGACGUCCGAGAGAAGCUGCAGAACUGCGUCCGCGUGAAGGGGCUGGAAUGGAACCUCAGAAGCCUCCGAACCGCGGGGCAGCACGAGGUGCUGCUGAGACUUCAGCGCAACCAGCUGCGAAAGAUCAGGAUGAAUUACGAGGACGUUCUGGAUCAGUUCGGUGAGAAGUGCGACCAGAACUCCCAGUUGGACGACAGAGCUAAAGAAUUUGAGAAACAGGCAAGGGAGCUCGAGGCGAGAGUGAAAGAGCUGGAGAAGCAGAAAGAGGAGCUGCAGACUCAGGCGGCCGCGCCGAUCCAGGCGGACGCGCCGAAGUCGAUGGCGGACAUCCAGCAGAAGAUGGAGAACAUCGAGAGAGAAACCCUAGAGAAGGCUGCCCCUCCGGCGCCGAAGCCGAAAGGAAAGGGGAAGGGCCCGCCGCUGCCCAGAGCGAAGGCGGCCGCGGAGGCGCCCGCCGAGGCGCCCCCCGCCGUGGCGCCCCCCGCCGACGCUGCCCCCGCGGAGGCGGAGGCGCCGAAGGCGAAGGGGCCCCCGAAGGGGCCGGGCAAAGGCAAGAAGGGCCCGCCUCUGCCUGGCCAGGGCCCCCCGCCUGCGCCUCCGGCGCCGGCGGAGGGGGCGCCAGAGCCCGCGCCGCCAGAGGAGGCGGCUGCCCCGAAGCCCGCGGCGAAAGGCAAGGGCAAGGCCAAAGGCCCGCCCCUGCCUGGCGCCAAGGCCGCCGCCGAGGCCGCCGCGGCCGCGGAGCCCCCGGCCGCGGAGCCGCCGGCGGAGCCGGCCACGGCGGAGACACCCGCGGCAGCACCGGCGAAGGGGCCCGGCAAGGGCAAGAAGGGCCCCCCGCUGCCUGGGGCAAAGGCGCGCGCCCCCCGCCGCCCCUCGGCGACGCAACAAGUGUGA